AUGGCUGAGAGGGCGCUUUUGAGCAAUUUCCUAGCCUACUUGGACGCAUGCGGAGGGUCUCUCGAAUCCAGCCAAAUUGGCGAUUUUUACAUUGCGAACCCCCUCCACCGGGAAAGUACGACGAACAUGCGCAACUUUUGCUUGCAGCACCCGGAGCACUUCAAGAUACACCAAGGCAGGUCUGGGAAUUACACCAUUCAGAAGGUCGGCUCUCCUUUGUGGGACCUCCUCACAUUUGUGCAGGAACAGGGUGGCACAGUGUCCUCAGAGAGGUUCCAAGGCUUUUACAGCCGACAUCCCCAGCAUCGUGCCGUCAUCCGUGACAUGCGUGGCUUCUGCGAGGACCACCCGAAGCACUUCGUGGUUUACCAAGACGAGCCGCCGCAUUGGAAGCUCACGCUCGCUCCGUCGGAAGACUCUGUGGUGUCGCGCUUGGCGGCGUUUCUCCGCACAUUGGGCCGGGAUGCCACCUCCAGGGACUUGAGCAAGUUUCAGGGGGCCAAUCCUGCAGACUCUGCGGUCAUCCACGCGCACAACCGCACGCUGCGGGUAUUCUGCUCUGAGCAUUCGGACACCUUUGUGGUGCGGGAGUCUGAAGGGCCCGGUAUUCAGCUUGCCUUGCUGGAGCGUUUCCCGGACCAAAGUGAUGCAGCAACUGCUGCGGCCUUGGCCCUCUUUGUGGAAGAAUGGGUGGGACCUGGAAAAGCUUUAAGAGUCAGUGACAUCGAGGAGUUCUAUGAAAGACACCCGGGGGCAAAAAGUUGCAUCGCAAACUGGUGCUCCUUGCCCAACUUUUGCACCCAAUUCAUGGGACUGUUGUCCUACGAGCAUCAUUCAGCAGGGGAUUGCAUCAAGCUUCCAAUGCAUUGCUGCUUCUAUAUCCGGCGAAUGUGCAAGCACUGGCAUGAACAUGACGGAUUCCUUCACCGCCUGCCUGGCAAGUGGACAGGGGCUGUUCACUGUUCAUUUGGAAAAUGGUGCAGCUUUCACUGGGCCGGCAUCGAGGAGCAAGCAAUGGCACCGGUCCCAACAGGCCCAAAUCCAAGCUCUGGCAGUGAGGAGUCUGAGUUGGAACUUGCAAAGGAGGUGCUAGCAGUGCACAAGAUCCGCUGGGCGCAGGAUUCUGUCAGCGUUCGGUUCCGCAGCGGCGAUUUGCUGGUGGACACACUGAAGGACUUGGUGCAGGGCUGUUUGCAUCCAGACGCCCUCCCGCGGUUGCACGUGGUCAAGAUGGACAAGAAAUGGUAUGCGGCUGACGGCAAUCGCCGGCUUUGGGUCUUAAAGGAAUAUAGCAGAAUGACCAACAACAAGCUGCGGAUCCGGGUGCGUGCUUUGAAGUCCAUGCCCCAGAGCAAAUUCACGACUACCUGCAGGGGCAAGGAGGUCCAGUUCGUGGGGAGCAGCCGGUAUUCUAGCAUGACCUUCGCCGUCUUCUCUUUGAAGGAGGCGCCCACUCCCGAAGACCUGGUGCUCGCCGAGGAGAUCCAGAAGGGUGCAGGUUCUGUGCCGCUGGCGACGCUUGAGCAGACCUUCCAGGAUGCGAGACGCUACAUCUCACAACGCCAAUGUCUUUUCAGUGUGGAGGAGGACAAGGUGUCUAUCGCCCCUGCAGUGUCGCCGAAGAAAGGCAAAAUUACACCUGGACAGUGGAUUCCGAAAGAACCGCAGGCGCAGUCAUCUGAGCGCUGCAUGCGGGAUGAGGAGGAUGCCUCCACUUCACCACAUCAAGUGGAUGACGCUUGGGGCAGGCGAUCUCCAAGAACUCAGGUUGCCACUCUGGACGCAGAUGAGGCCCCGGAACCCAUGAGGCCCAUGACGCCGGAGCCAAGCGAUGACAACAGCAAGGCAGCAGCCAGCGACAUCACUGUCCGCAUGUAUGGCGACAAGCGCUGCGCACUGGUGUCCUGGUCAUGUGGCGCUCGUCCGGAGGCAGCUUUAGCACAGGGCAAGUGCAUCAUCAGCGGAGUCGAGUUGAAAGCGGUACCCGCGGACACUAGACGGUUGUUUGUGGCGUGGGGCCCUGACGUUGACUUCGAGCAAGAUACAAUCAAAGCAUACUUCGAAGAGAGGCUUCGGAAAGCUCAGAACACGGCAGAGGAUCCAUCAGCAGUGAGCAGCAAAAGUGUCCCCAGGCAGCAGCCAGAGGAAGAUGGAGGUUGUCAAGACGACGUCGCGCCGCAGGGUCCUCUUUUGGAGACGCCAAAGCAGCAGGAUGCCGAUGAGGAGGAGCAGCGCAGUGACGCCCAACGGCCGGGAAGAAGCGAAGUCGCAGUGCGGGUGUACAGCUCGAAGGACUGUGCCUUGGUGUCUUUUGCAAACCCCGCGGAGCGUUGCGCCAUUCAAGAGCAAGGGGAGUGCAGCAGCAUUGGCGGUGUGGAAAUCACACGCGUCUUGCCCACAGACCGGCACCUCUUCGUGGCCUGGCUGCCAGGGACGGAUCUGCCGCCGACCAGCAUCAAGCGGCACUUCGACCGACGAUUGGCUGCUUUGGCUUGGGAUGGGGCUGGCGCUGAGGCUUUGGAAACGAGCUUAGGCCCGGCGCCGAGGCAAGCCAAGAGAUGGGCAGCGUCGCGGGCUGGUGCUGAGACUGCGGCGCCGCAGGACCGGGGAAAAUCUGCCACACAGAUCAAGAAGAACGAUCGUAAAGAGAAAGCCGAGAAGCUCGCAGACAGCCGUCAUCCAGCCGAGUACGCGCAAGGUGGCGUGUUCGUGCGGAAGCACAGUUCGAUGGGCUGUGCCAUCGUGUCGCUUUCGGAUGCCAGAAUGCAGAACGAAAUAUUGUCUGAAGGAAGCACUUGCACCAUAAACGGUGUCACUGCAGAAGUCAAAGCCCACACAGUCAAGGGCGCGCAUAGCCAUUCCAGCGCCGACGUGUUUGUGGCGUGGGGGAGGCAAGCUGAAAAUGCAUCCCCCUUAUCAACCCAAGCAAUUGCUCUCCAUUUUCAAGCCAAGCAGCACGCAAUUCAAGCAAAGUGGGCGGCCGAGAAGCGAUCUGAGAGCCAAGCGGCAGACCACACACUGCAGAAGCUGCGCCUGGUUCUUCAUCAAAACGCUCAGCCGGAAUGUCAGGUUCCCUUUGACCCCUGUGACCUUCGGGUUCCUCUGCCCUCAGCUGCUGCGGCUUCACCCAGUGGCCCUUGGAGCCUGCAUUGGGUAGUGGAGAAGCUGCCGCUAGCACUUCAAGGUGACCUGGGUGCUGCGCUAUUGAACGAGGAGGUCCAGCGGCUUGUGUUGCGCGCCGGCUGUCAGGUGCAACUGGCAUUGGCGGAGGGCUGGCAGCAACACGACAUGCGCAAAGUUCUUGGCCAGGAGGACCUGGACCACGUCUUGGUGAAGCUGCGCUCAGACUUGGAGCCUUUAGAGCCCCUGCCAGCCAUCCUCAAGGGCUCCGUGCACCGCGCGAGCUUUGUUUGGGACGGCUCCGCGAUCAGCUCGAUUACAUUUCACCUGGCUCGGCCCUUCCUGGGCGCUACUCCUGUGAUGAACUUGGUUUUGAAACCAAGCUCCUUCCUUGUCCUCGGCCCCUCCAGCAGUGGAAAGACAACAAUGCUUCGCCAUGCAGCAACGGUUUUGGCAGAAAGGCGUCAAGUUCUGGUGGUGGAUCCUUCCUCAGAGCUUGGUGGGCGGUGCGACAUGAAUCUGCUGGGCGCAGCAAGGCGCGCAGUCCCAGCAGCCAUGGAUUUGACGUUUCUGCGCCAGAUCAUCGCCGACGAGAGCCCAGAAAUCCUCAUCACGGAGUUCGCCAGCGCGGAGUUGGCAGUGCAAGCGGCCCACCUUUGCGUCGACUCGGGCGUGUGCUUGCUGGGCUCCUUGAGGGCCAGCCUCCCUUCUCUGGCGGAGGCGUACUAUCGCUUCAACCUCUGCCCGCAGCUCGCGGCAUGCACCACUUUCCCGCUGGCGGCCCUCGUGGUGCUCCACCGGCGCUUUGACACCUGCGAGGCUGAGCGUGGGCCCAAUGUCCGCCUCACGGUGGAGGGCCAGCCGGAGGUCUUGGUCCGCUUCAGCCAGCGUGGCUUGAACACGGUCAUCAUUGGCAUUUGGUGCGCUUGCUCUGCGCGGAAGUGUGUGGAUUGGCUGCGGCGUGUGCUCUACGUGGGCGGGGAUGCCGACACCGUGGGGGCUGUGGCAGGCCAGAUCGCUUGUCCGCUGCUACCCCUGGAUGAUGUCGUAGAAGCAUACAAGCGGGCGGUGGCGUUGGAGGAGAUGACCAGCAAGUCGGCCCAGGUGAACCAGCAGGCGGCGAAGCGCUUCUUCCAGAGGAGCUGCCUCUUCGUGCUGGCGGACUGGCCACAACUCUUGCAGACCCCUCGCCUGAUAGACCCCGCCUACGAAGGCUUCACCACGGAGGACGGGAUGCGUGUGGCCGGGCAUUGCAGGACGCCCUGCAAGUUCGGAGGCAAGUGCUAUGAGAAGAAGCCAAACCACCGUGUUCAGUAUUCGCACCCCGGAGAUGAAGAUUGGCAGCGCCUGCCCUGUCGCUAUGCCCGCUGUCGUGACGGUUCCGGAGGAUCGGCUGGAGUUUAG